UACUUGAACACUUAUGUAAAUAAAAUAAUAAUAAUUUAAUUAUUUCAUGAAUUUCAUGUAAAAACCUCUAAAAGGGCUACCAAACUUUACUUUAUAUGAGUUCUUUAUAUUCGAUCAACUAGGUACAUUACAAGAUACAACGAAUAAGUUCAUCAGUAAAUUCAGCUAUGAGUUGCCACUGGAUGAAAUCAUCACCAAGUUUGGUGCAAGGGAUCUCUGCAAUCAAUCAGCUCCAAGAAUCCAAAUUUGAAAAGUUUCUCAUGAGAAUAGUUGCUAAAAUAAAGCAACAAGAUACAGAAAUAUUUACUGAAGAAGAGAGAAACAAACUUGAAAAAAUAUUUGACAUAUCUGAGGAGAAAUUAAUCCUUGCAAUUAAAACUAUAGUUUACCUUUUCAAAAGGAUGUUGAAGUAUAUUUUCAUGCCGGCUAAUUUGAAAAGUGAUUUGAAAGAAAUUGGGCUAAGUGAUGACAAAUCAGACACUUUCAUUAAAGUUUGGUCGAAUGAAACAAGAAGCACAUUAGAUGAACUCGGUUCAGAAAAUAUUGAUAAGCAAGAUGACAGUUUACAAUUUUCAUCCAAAAUCAAUGCUGAGUUAAGUUCAGAUAUAAGCAAAAAGAGUAAGGUACCGAAGGCGUACCUGAAAUUUUCUGACCAAAACAAAGAAAUUGAAAUGGAGCUAACACAUUCAGAGCUCUAUUCCAUGUUCCUUCAGUUUGAAUCAAUUCAACAUGAAUUAGAUAAUCUUAUGUAAACCUUUUACUUAACAUAAACUUUAUCAUAAUAAAACAUUAUUUUAUAUUUAAGUAUA